AUGUCGAUUAACUUCGUCGCAGAGGAAGAGAAGAUCGUCCAGUUCUGGAGGGACAUCCAGGCCUACGAGACCUCCCUUGAGAUCACCAAGGACGGUAAGCCCUUCGUCUUCUUCGAUGGUCCUCCGUUCGCUACCGGCCUUCCUCACCACGGUCACAUCCUCGCCUCGACCAUCAAAGAUACUGUCACCCGUUACGCUCAGUCAACAGGUCACUACGUCGAGCGCAAGUUCGGCUGGGACACCCACGGUCUCCCCGUCGAGCACGAGAUCGACAAACGCUUGAACAUCACCGGCAAGGACGAUGUCAUGAAGAUGGGUAUUGACAAGUAUAACGCUGAAUGUCGCGCUAUCGUCAUGCGUUACGCCGACGAGUGGAAGCACACAAUCGAGCGCAUUGGUCGUUGGAUUGACAAGGAGGACUACAAGACUCUCAACACUCCCUUCAUGGAGUCCGUUUGGUGGGUGUUCAAGCAGCUUUUCGAGAAGGGUCAGGUGUACCGUGGAAUGAAGGUCAUGCCUUACUCUACUGGCUGUACUACUCCUCUGAGUAACUUCGAGGCUCAGCAAAACUACAAGGACGUCAACGACCCCGCAGUAACGGUUGCUUUCCCCCUUGUUUCCGACCCCUCCACCUCCUUCCUCGCAUGGACGACCACUCCAUGGACUCUUCCUUCCAACUUGGCGCUCUGUGUCAACCCCGACUUCACCUACAUCAAGAUCCACGACGAAGCUUCGGGCCACAACUACAUCCUCCUCGAGAACUGCCUCUCUACCCUCUACAAGAACCCCAAGACCGCCAAGUUCAAGAUCCUCGAGAAGAUUCCCGGAAAGGACUUGAAAGGUCUCGAGUACGAGCCUCUCUUCCCAUACUACGCCGACAAGUUCAAGGGUCGUGGUUUCAAGGUUCUUACUGACGGUUACGUCACCUCUGACAGCGGUACCGGUAUUGUCCACCAGGCUCCUGCUUUCGGUGAGGACGAUCACCGCGUCUGCACUGAGCACGGUGUUGUCGGUGACGAGAUCCACCCUCCUUGCCCUAUCGAUGAGUCCGGUAAGUUCACCAGCGAGGUCCCUGACUUCGAGGGUAAGCACGUUAAGGAGGCCGACAAGGACAUUCAGAAGGUGUUGAAGGCCAACGGACGCUUGAUUGUUCAGAGCCAGAUUAUGCAUUCUUACCCCUUCUGUUGGAGAUCCGACACUCCCCUCCUCUACCGUACCGUUCCCGCCUGGUUCGUUCGUGUCAAGAACAUCACCGGACAGAUGUUGGACGCCAACGCUCGCACCCGCUGGGUUCCUUCCUUCGUUUCGGAGAAGCGCUUCGCCAACUGGAUUGCUAACGCCCGUGACUGGAACAUUUCCCGAAACCGUUACUGGGGAACUCCUCUUCCUCUCUGGGUCUCCGAUGACUUCCAGGAGGUUGUCUGUGUUGGUUCCGUCGCUGAGCUUCAGGAGCUCUCUGGUUGCGGCGACUUGACCGACAUUCACCGCGACAAGAUUGACCACAUCACCAUCCCGUCCAAGCAGGGUAAGGGCGUUCUUCGCCGUGUUGAGGAGGUCUUUGACUGUUGGUUCGAGUCUGGUUCUAUGCCCUACGCUUCCAAGCACUACCCCUUCGAGGGUAAGGAGGGCUUCGAGAACACCUUCCCCGCCGACUUCAUCGGUGAGGGUCUUGACCAAACCCGUGGUUGGUUCUACACCCUUCUCGUCCUCGGUACCCACCUCUUCGGUCAGGCGCCUUUCAAGAACGUCAUUGUCAACGGUUUGGUCUUGGCUGCUGACGGAAAGAAGAUGUCUAAGCGGCUUAAGAACUACCCUGAGCCUACGGCUAUCCUCAAUAAGUUUGGUGCUGAUGCUCUCCGUCUUUACCUUAUCAACUCUCCUGUCGUCCGUGCUGAGACUCUCAAGUUCAAGGAGGAGGGUGUUAAGGAGAUUGUUUCCAAGGUUCUCUUGCCCUGGUGGAACUCUUUCAAGUUCUUCGAGGGUCAGGCUGCUCUCUUGAAGAAGAACCACGGUGUCGACUUCAGGUUCAACACCGAGAUGCCUGUCAGCGAGAACGUCAUGGACAGAUGGAUGCUUGCUUCGUGCCAGUCUUUGAUCAAGUUCGUCAAGAAGGAGAUGGACGAGUACCGUCUGUACACUGUCGUGCCGAAGUUGCUCAACCUCAUUGAAGACAUGACCAACUGGUACAUUCGUUUUAACCGCAGACGUCUCAAGGGUGAGUUCGGCAAGGAGGACACCAUCUUCGCUCUCAACACCCUCUACGAUGUUCUUCUUACUCUUGUCCGCACCAUGGGUCCUUUCACUCCGUUCCUUACCGAGACCAUUUACCAGAAGCUUCGCGAGUACGUUCCUGUGGGUACCUUCGCGAAGGAUGACCGCUCUGUCCACUUCAUUGGAUUCCCUCCCGUGCGUGAGGAGUUCUUGGAUGAGGCCAUCCAGACCCGCGUCGGCCGCAUGCAGAAGGUCAUUGACCUCGGUCGUAACUUGCGUGAGAAGCACACCAUUGGUUUGAAGACCCCUUUGAAGGAGCUUGUUGUCAUCCACCCCGAUGCUUCCUACCUCGAGGAUGUCGAGUCCUUGAAGGGUUACAUCGUGGAGGAGCUCAACGUUCGCGACUUGGUCUUGACUGCUGAUGAGGACAAGUACGGUGUGCAGUACAAGGUUCAGGCUGACUGGCCCGUCCUUGGUAAGAAGCUCAGGAAGGAUAUGGUCAAGGUCAAGAGUGCUCUGCCAUUGCUCACCACUGCUGAUGUCAAGAAGUUUAUCGCCGAGAAGGAGAUUGAGGUCAACGGCGUCAAGCUCGUUGAGGAGGACUUGCAGGUUGUUCGUGGUAUUGAUGCGGAGAAGAACCAGGGUUACGACACCAACACCGACCAGGACGUCCUCGUCUUGCUCGACAUUGCUAUCCACCCCGAGCUUCAGUCAGAAGGUCUUGCGCGUGAAGUCAUCAACCGAGUGCAGCGUCUACGAAAGAAGGCUGGUUUGGUUGCGACGGAUGACGUGAGGAUGCUCUAUCGUGUGGUGGACGAGGAUACCCUUGGCUUGGACAAUGUCAUCACUCAACAUGAGGAGUUGUUGGUCAAGACUUUGCGAAGACCAAUGGAGAAGGCCGGUGCGGAGAAUGUCGAGGGUGAUGUCGUUGCGGAUGAAGAGCAAGAAAUUCAGGGAACUAGGUUCAUGUUACAAUUGUUGAAGUUGUAA